CCGCAAGUUAGUGUGCCUUGCUGUUGCCGCGCGCGCGGCAUUGGUGAUCUAUAUGAACAAACCUCCCUCCAACUCAUAGCCUUUCUUUCUCUCUGUCGCUCCUCUGACUCCUGAGCCCCUCACCAUUUCUUGGAAUGUUGGCUACAAACCCUAGCCUCUUCUUCCCCACCAAACCCUCACCCCUCCGCUGCCGCGCCGCCACCGGCGACCUCCAUCGGGGCCCCACAUUCCCCCGCCUAAUCCAAUUCCCCUCCACCGCUGUCGACGCGUCUUCUGUCGGCGUCCGAAUUGGCCAAGAUUCUGACCUCGAGGGCGGUAGCAGCGGGAGUUCUGGUGUUAAGGUGAACGCCAAGGAGAGGAAAUGGUCACGCGAUAGAGAGAGCUAUUUGUUCGACAACGGCGACGCCCUCCCUCUCCCGAUGACUUAUCCCAAUACGUCGCCCGUCUCGGCGGAGGAGAUUGACCGCAGGCUCCGAUGCGAUCCUGUAGUUGAGGAUUGCAAGGAAGUUGUGUAUGAAUGGACAGGAAAGUGCAAUAGUUGCCAAGGCUCAGGAUUUGUAAGUUAUUACAACAAAAGAGGAAAGGAGACAGUCUGCAAAUGCAUACCCUGCCAAGGAAUCGGAUACGUACAGAAGAUAACAGCUCGCAAGGACAUUGAAGUGAUGGUGGAUUUGGAUAAUGGAAAACCGCCAUGAGCUAAACAUAGUUAUUUCUUAUUAAUUUUUUUGUAUAUCGGGAAAUAUUUUACGAUUAGUUUGGUGAGUUCUGUUAUAACUCCCUUUGAGUACUUAUUUAUAAAUUUCAAAUAAAAAAUAAAACCAAUCUUCAAGGGGAGAUUGUAGUUGCUUAGCCUUUGUAAAGAAUGUAUUCCUUUCUUAUCUAUUCUUAGCUUUUUUCUGCCAUU